CAUAGAAAACUGGAAUACCCGCGUCAGUCAUGUAAUCGCCACGAAGUAAAAUGGAUUACGGAAAUAUAGUUUGUGCCUAAUUUAUUUCCCUUCGCCCUCUGAACGUUACAGUGGCGAACGAGGAUAAGUUUAAAACGAGGAGUGCGUCUGUGUCGGGUUAUCCUCCAUCAUGUCGAUCGGAAAAGUGAAGGAAUUCGAUAUAAAAAGCGGGGUGUGGUCGUCAUACGUCGAGCGGCUUGAGAUGUAUUUUACAGUUAAUAAUGUUAAGAGUGACCUCAAGCUACCUACGUUGAUAGCGGUGAUGGGAGAUGAGGCUUACGAGCUUCUAGUCAACCUGUCCAGCCCAAAGAAACCGGCAGAGUUGAAAUAUGAGGACGCAAUCGAGUUAUUACGUCGGCAUUUACAACCGGCUCCUUCAGUUUUGGCAGAGAGAUUCAGAUUUAGACAGAGAAGACAGGCGGCGGACGAGAAUAUAGCCAGCUAUGUCGCCGAGUUGAAGAAGUUGACGCGCCAUUGUAAGCUGGGGGAUAAUUUGAACGAGAACCUGCGAGACCAGUUCGUGUGCGGAUUGAGGAGCGAUCUCAUCCGACAAAGGUUGUUCGCGGAGGAGGAAACGAUUAGUUUCGCCAACGCGGUGAAACUCGCCAACUCGUUAGAGGCCGCGGAACGGGACGCAGCGGCAGUGGACACGGCGGGAGCGGCGGAGGCCGCCGGGGCAGCGCGCGGCGCGGACGGCGGCGCCGCGGCCGCGGCCCUCCAUACGAUGGCCGGGACGGAGAACGGGCGGUGGCGGCGGUCGGCCGCGCGCGCUCGAAGUGUGCAGGACCAGAGUGCGGCGCGGAACGGCGCGGGAGCGCGAACCAGGAGCAGUGUGAAGGGGACAGGGUACCGUUGUAAGGGUUGCACGUCCACGCUCCACAGCUAUGAAGCCUGUAGAUUCCGGGAUUACGUGUGCUCCCGGUGUCAAUCCCGGGGCCAUAUUCGGCGCGCCUGCGUUCAGGAGGCCGGCGCUGGCUCGGGAAGGUUCAAUGCGGUGCACUACGGGGACGCGGAAGGAAUAGCCAGUGAGGAGGAAGUGGAAAGUGAUUUCCACCAUCUCUGUUUGAACGAUUACAAGGCGGUGAGUUUGCCAGUGCUCAUAGAUAAUGUUGAGGUCAAGAUGGAGGUAGAUACGGGAACUGCGGUUUCGUGUAUUAAUAAUUAUACAUAUGAGAAACAUUUUAGUAAAAUAAGGUUAGAACCCACGAGUGUAAGACUUAAUUUUUAUGAUGGCUCAGUGCUUAAACCGGUAGGGGUUAUCAAGCCGGUCGUGAGUUACGGUAAAAUAAAGAAGAACUUAGAAUUAUUUGUUAUCGAAGGCGAGACUACAUCUCUCUUAGGUAGGCAAUGGUUAACAGAGUUAAAAAUUAAGAUCCCCUUAUUUAGUAAUUGUCAUAAAAUUAGCGAAACCAGUGGAUUAGGUUGCUUGGAUAAUGAAUUAAGGAAUUUGGUUGACAGGUAUAAAGAACUGUUUAGCGGCGGUCUGGGUCGGUACUCCGGAGGCAAGGCGACCCUAAGAGUGCGCGAGGGGGCGACUCCCGUGUUCCACCGUGCUCGGGCCCUGCCGUACGCCCUGCGCGAUCGCGUCGAUGCCGAGCUCGACGCGAUGCUGCGGGAUGGAGUCAUCGAGCCGGUGGACUGUUCGGACUGGGCUUCGCCUCUUGUACCGGAAUGCGAGCGGGCGUUCAAAGAAGUUAAGACCUUAUUAACUAGUGCAGAGGUGUUAUCGCAUUAUGAUCCCGCGCGGCCACUUAUCGUAACAUGCGACGCGAGCGCGAAGGGCAUAGGUGCAGUCCUCUCUCAACCGAGUCGGAAUGGGGACUGUGAGCGACCGGUGGGCAUCGCGGACACUAAAUGA